ACUACAAUAUCACGUAUUGGUUUUGUACUGUUACCAUACGGUUACUCCGUAUGCUGCCAUCUCGUGGCGGCACAGUAAUAGUACAGUAGCGGUAUUUUGUGCAGGAAUCGCACGCUUGGUUAUCUGGGAAUAUGGUUUAUCAUUCAUAUACCGUUGGCUAUAAAAGGUUACAAUUGUCAAAUAAUUGAUUAUGCACAAAUGCAUAAUCUUUUUAGAAUCGUUAUACAUUAUUAACUGUCUUCAAUGGCUGUUUUGCAUCGCGCUUUGUUCACGUGGUUUAAUUUGUUAAUAUUUUUGGUCCUGCUAGUCCUGAAGCUUGACCAAAGAAUACAAUGGAACUGGUUUAUUGUUUUCAUUCCAAUGUGGCUUUACAACAACAUUCUUCUUAUGUACAUUAUUUUCAACAUGAUCUCACAUUGCAAGAACGGACGUCUCAAUAGUUUGCACAGAGAGGUAUGGUAUAUAACAGCUGUGCUCCUGAAACUAUGUGCUCAGAUCCUGAUUUGUUCAAAAUUAGAGGCACCUGAGUGGUCACUUCCAGCGAAAGUGGUAUUGGCACCCUUCUGGCUGCUCCUUCCAGCAUUAGCAGUCGAUGUCUUUAUCCAUUUGAUACAUCAAUCUAGAUAUUGACAAUGGAUAAGUGCCAGCUUUCUGCAAACUACCUGAGGACUUAUAUACGUAUGGUUACAUUAAUAAAAUAUCGAUAUUAUCAUUACUUUUUAUAUAAAAUCAAAUA